AUGACCGGACAUCAAGACGCGGAAAAGAGGAAGCCCAACCGCGGCACUGCCCCGUCUCGCGAUCUUACACAGUUCCGCGCACAUGCCGACUGCAUUAUUCUCAUCCCCUCGUUGGGGGGCACUUUCCCUGUCCUCACUCCGUUAACUUCUGUAACAGCGGGAACUGCCGCUACCGUCGUUGUUCAACCCUCUGCUUCCCUUUGCUUCACCUAA